AUGCUAACAAUGGAGUGGGAAGAUUAUUACAUGCGCAUUGCCAUAAUUGGUUUGUUUAAAUCAGGUAAAUCCGCGUCACUAACUUUUGCUCUCUUGCGACCGCUUAAAAUGAGUAAACAAUUUGUGUAUCGGACCACCGAACGUUGCUCUGAUACUAGUGAUGUUGAUCGUGUUAAAAAUGAUCGUUCUUGUUCUGUUCGGACGAAAAAGGCGAUUGAAGCCGUUUGUUUAAGAAUUAAUCGAAAUCCUUUAUGGAAACAGAAAAUAGUCGCACGAGAGAUAAAAAUCAACACGUGA